GCGUAUCUGCGCUCUUUUGUUCAGUAGCGCUUGGCUUCUGGGGAAGUGAGCAUCGUUCUCACUCGGAUCACUUAUUGUAUGCCUCUUCUCUCUGCGUGAUAGGAUGGACUAGGUUAUACACUGAGAGAUACCCCGUUUUUGUCUUUUGGACCUCUCCUAAACCCGAUUCGUUUUUCUGCACUUUAUACGGUUUUGGUGCCGCUUGAUGGUUCACCUCUGACUGUGGCUCGCAAAUAACCGAACACCUGCAACGAAUCAGACCAACGUUCCUCGGGCGGUAUCGCUCUACAUUCCUGAGGACUUGACAGAGACACCAGAGCAGCUCACCUCCUAAAAGGUCCAGGAUGCUGGGUGCGACAGUCUGCAGGCUCAGAGCCUGUGGACUGCAGGCUCUGCUGACAGCCCUUCUCUCUCUGGGUUGUGGCCUUGUGUGGUCAGACCCAGUGGUGAACAUGAGGAAGGUGACGCACCAGAUGGUGAGGGAGCAGCUGGCCAACAGCGUCCUGCUGCCCUGUGUCUUCACCCUGCGCCCCACCCCUACCCACGAGCCCCCCCGCAUCAAGUGGACCAAGGUGUGGGGCCAGAGGGGUGCCGACGGUCGGCAGAGGGAACAGUCUGUCCUGAUCGCCAAGGACAACGUGGUCAAGGUGAAGAAGGCGUUCCAGGGGCGCGUCACCCUGCCCGGUUACCAGGACAACCGUUUCAACGCCAGCAUGACACUCAGCGCCCUGCGCUCCAGUGACUCGGGCAUGUUCCGCUGUGAGGUGGUGGUGGGCAUCAACGAUGAACAGGACACCGUUCCCCUGGAGGUCACAGGUGUGGUGUUCCACUACCGUGCACCUCAUGACCGCUACGCCCUGUCCUUCCCUGAUGCCCAGCAGGUGUGUCUGGAGAACUCAGCUGUCAUCGCCACGCCUGCUCAGCUCCAGGCCACCUUUGCUGACGGGUAUGACAACUGUGACGCCGGCUGGCUGUCUGACCAGAGCGUGAGGUACCCUAUCCAGUCACCCAGGCCGGGUUGCUAUGGUGACAGGGGUGACUCACCUGGAGUGCGCAACUACGGCAAUCGGGCCCCUGACGAGCUGUUUGAUGUCUACUGCUUUGCCAAGCAACUGCAAGGUGAGGUGUUCCACUCGUCUGUACCAGAGAAGCUGAGCCUGGCCACAGCCUCUACCCAUUGCCACUCUCUGGGAGCCCAGCUGGCCACGGCAGGGCAGCUCUACCAAGCCUGGCAGACUGGCCUGGACCAGUGUGACCCAGGCUGGCUGGCCGACGGCAGUGUGCGCUACCCCAUAAACCUUCCCCGACGCAACUGUGGCGGGGAUGAUCCGGGUGUGCGCACUGUCUACCACAACCCCAACCGCACCGGUUUCCCAGACACCACCACCCGCUUCGAUGCCUACUGCUACCGAGAACGUGAAGCAGGAGUCCAGGCAGCCCAGCCAGUGGGGUUCCUCCAAUACAGAGACCCAGAGGCCAAUUCCUCAGACACUGAGCCCCAGCACUCUGCCCACUACCCCCAGCCCUCCACCUGGACUGGCAUGGAGGACCUGGACAAGGAGGGCAUCAGCUCCAUCACUGGAGGCAACGAGUCCUCCGAGAUCUCUGAGGAGCAUGUGGUAAUCCACCUCCGGCCAGGGGAGAGUACCCAGGGCUGGGGAGAGGAGAACCAGGAGACCCAGGGGCAAUCUAAGACUGGAGACCCUCAGAACCCAUCCUCCAGCCCCAAUACCAGCACCCUGGGUCUGUCUGUCCUGGAGAGUCUAGAGGCCCACGGAGGUUCUGCCCAGGAAGAGGUGGAGGGCGAGGGGGAUGAGGAGUGGCGUUUCGGGUCGUCCGACUCCCCUCUGUCCUCCCAGGCCGCUCCAGUGCUCCAGGCCCAGACAGCCAAUUACGUUCUCCACAGCUUUGUCAACAACCUGAUGAAGCCCUUCAGGUAUUGGACAGGCUCUGUGGAGGCCGACACAGAGGCACCUCUCCCAGCCACACCUGCCUCACUGCCCGAGGGGAGAGGAGUACAGGAUCAGACAACCCCGGGGUCGGCUAUGGUCACACUCACCGAAGGGAAGCAAAAGCUGGGCAGUAAAGGAAGCACGGAAAAUGCUAUCAUAGAGCAUCAGAUUCGAGGCUCCGUGCUCAAGACAUCCACCAAUGGGCUCACCAGCACAGAGGGGGGUCUGCCUGAUCAGGAUAGAGAGGUGGUCACUUUAGACCCAUUGGGCCCUGUGAUCCAGUACACACUCACCCAGCCUGGGAGGAAGGGUCCAAGCAUGUCCCUAACCAACCCUCAAGGAUCAUCGUCUAAUGGAUUCACAGCAGUGGGACCUGAUGUGAGUAGCAAGGCCGUGGAGGCUGUGAAUGGAUCAGGAGGCCCCCUCCAGGGCAUUCGGGGUAGGUUGGCUUCAUCCCCAGGGACCCCGGCACCAUACCCAGGCAGCCAGCUGAGAUGGGCCCUGAAGGCCAUGAAGGGCUCCAAGCUGGAGGCCCCGGGACUGGGACACGUGGCCUACAUGGGGAAGGAUUCCACCUGGGAGCCCAUGGAGGCCAAAGCGGGGCCCCUAGAGGUUAUGGCCCUGCCUACCAACCCAGAGAGCUACUCUGGUGAGGGGAGAGAUCAGGAUGAGGACCGCAGCAUUCCCCAAUCCAUCCUGGAGAGAGAGGACAAAGAGACAGAGGCAGAGGGAAGCGGGAGAGGAGGGAACGACUUUCCAGGUGGCAUUGGAUCGAACGGUGACACGAACCCAGGCAGCGGUGCCAGCGGCAGCAUAAAGCCUCUUCUGUCUGCAUUGAAACCCACCCAGACCCAGAGCCAGAACCAGACUCUGGCAGAACCCACCACUAUGUCUCAGUGGCAGCUAGUGGACCAGCCCACCACCUCAUCUACUGCUGCCUCUGCUGCUGUCUCCAGCCGGGGCCCGGGGGGAACCGCUGAGGAGGCCAGGGGAGAGAUUGUCUAUGUCCGACACCCUACUGAGAAACUCCUUCCAACCACCUCCAGUAAGAAAGAUGGCUUCCCCCCUGUGAUCAGAAAGCAGAGCCUGAAUACAGCCAGGGUGACUGAGGGACAACGAAGCCCAAAUGAGGCCACCACACCUGGGUUCACCUCCAGACCUGCAGCUUCUAUGGAGCCCCUGACAACCAUCAAAACUUCCACAGCAAACAACCAGAGAAAAGACUCCAGUGAUUCUACCUCUACCAAGGAGCCACCAAUCUCCAUUGCACGGGUUCCAGUAGAGAGAGAGGAGACAGCUAGUACCACAUCUCUGACCAGAGAUGGACCACAAACAACUGCAGCUUUGACUCAGCUGACAACGACGUUGUCCUUUCUGAAGGGCAGCGACCAUGAGGAAGAGUCCAGGUUAGCUGUUUCAAAACCAUUCGUGGUGGGAAAAAGAUGGAAGCCGUUGGGAGGGAUGAAUCCCACGUCUAAGGAGGACAAAACCCCUGUGACCACAGAGAAGACAGAGAAGAGAGAGAAGACCACCUUUGGUGUCAUUGUGCCCAGCUGGGGCUUUGGCCUCAACCCUUCAGCUGAGGACAACCCGUGUCAGACCAGCCCCUGUCUGCAUGGAGGCAGCUGUCUGCAGGAGGGCGACGGCUACAGCUGCUACUGCCCCCAGGGCUACUCCGGAGAGAGCUGUGAGAUCGACAUCGACGACUGCCAGUCAAACCCGUGUCAGAAUGGAGGCACCUGUAUCGACGAGAUCAACUCCUUUGUGUGCCUGUGUCUGCCCAGCUACGGUGGAGCCACUUGUGAGAAAGACACGGAGGGCUGUGAACACACGUGGAGGAAGUUCCAUGGCCACUGCUACAGGUACUUCAGCCGCAGACACACCUGGGAGGACGCAGAGAAGGACUGCAGGGAGCACAGCGGACACCUGGCUAGCAUACACACACUCCACGAGCAGGACUUCAUCAACGAUCUGAGCCAUGACAACACCUGGAUCGGCCUGAACGACAGAACAGUAGAGGAGGAUUUCCAGUGGACUGACAACAUGGACCUGCAAUAUGAGAACUGGCGGGAGAACCAGCCGGAUAACUUCUUUGCGGGGGGAGAGGACUGUGUGGUGAUGAUCGCCCAUGAGAACGGCAAGUGGAACGAUGUGCCCUGCAAUUACAACCUGCCCUAUGUCUGCAAGAAGGGAACAGUGCUGUGUGGGAAGCCACCCAACGUGGAGAACGCCUUUCUGAUUGGCCGUAAGCGGUCCCGCUAUGACAUUCAUUCAUUGGUGCGUUACCAGUGUGCCGACGGGUUCCUCCAACGUCACGUCCCCACGGCCAAGUGUCGUGCCAACGGCAAGUGGGACCGGCCCAAGAUCAUCUGCACAAAGUCCCGGCGAGCCCACCGCUACAGACGGCACCAUGAUCACAGCGGGCGACGGGAGCGUAAAAAGCACAGUAAACACAGCCAUGGACACGGUGAGGGAGGCCACCACGGAGGAGACCAGGGCCACAGGCACGGCCAUGGACACGGAGUCCACCACGGAGGGGACCAGGGCCACAGGCACGGGCAUGGGCACGCUCAUGCCCACAUCUGAACCAAAAGCCUCCACUGCCCAAACCUCACCUCACUGCCCAGUCUCCCUCCUCUACUGCUCUCUUCCCCCUGUCUACCCCCUCUCCUGCCCUUUUCCUGACCCCACAGCCUGGCUCCCCGAGCCAGCAUGUAUCAUAAUCAACUCUGAGGCCUGACAGCCCACUGCUAGGCCUCACUGAGACAAUAACAAUCCCUUUGUACUCUUUUCUUUACCUUCACCACUUUCGUUUCCUUUCAUUUAUCCCUCCCCCUUCACGACCUACUGUCAUCGAGUCAGUGAGUUCCCAGGAUACGGGGCUUUGCUCACCUAAUAAAGCUUUUUUUUACAUAAACAAUCGUGGAGGAGGAGGUUUAGUACAAGCUGUAAAUAGUGACAACAUCAUUGGAAUCAGAAGUCGAGGAAUAGAUAGAUACAUAUAUCCAUGUUUUUCCAUGAGUCUUCAUUUUAACACCUUUAUUUUUAAGAGACUUGUUGUGUGAGUGUAUUUCCCGACUUUGCUGUUUUUGGUUAGCUCUUUGUAAGACAUUUGACUUAAUAACCUACAACAGUUAUUCUGAACAGAUUGACAUGCUUUGCUUUGACACUGGUGCUUGUACUGAUUGAGUAGCGUUGUGUUUCAUCAUUGUAAGACAGACACUUUGGACUGGGUGUGCUAGGUGCACAGAGGAAAACAGAGACAACUCACAGUUAGCUGUAUCUGAGUCAACCUCACGCCACCGAGGUCAAAUCAAAUCAAAUCAAGCAUCCACAGCAGUCCUUUUUAAAGCUGAACUGGAAAUGUUACUUUAAUCGUUUCUUCUAACAAUAUCAUCCUACUGUAUGUGUUGCCUUUCUAAGUCAUUCUGUGUUCCUGCUUAAGUACUAGAGGAGAUUGCUAGUUGGUAGUGGAGAAACCCAACCCAGAAAAGCUGUUACCUUUGGAACUGACCAGAUUAAGUCUGGUUUUCCAGCUAGCUAAUAGGCAAUGAUCCUUCAUUAGAAUCCUCUCAUGCCUAUCACCACACUCUCCUAUUCCAUCUGUGUCUCUAAAUUGAAGGUCUGUUCAUCAUCUAUCUUAGAGCUUUACUUCUCUGGCCAGCUGAAGAGAAAUUGUUCUGUCAGACUGUCAGAGAGAGAGAGAAGGACAUGUGGAGAAAUAGAGAGAGAGAGAAAAAGAGAGAGGAGCAAGGCAUCCGGACUCUUAAUUACAGUUGGCCCCGUUCUCCAGCACAUCAAACAGAGGGACGACAGGGCUCUCUGUGCAGCCGUCGGGUACAGAGCUGGGCCCAUAAUUAGCUUCAGAAAGUACUGCUAAUAGGACAUGGGGCCAUAAAGUCGGGAUGACUACCAGAAGAGACCUGGGCUGGGGGG